UGCUUUGAAAAUCACCAGAUAUUUCCUUCUGAUCGUCCUUCCACUCUCAUUCCCCACUCUCUGAGAUUCUCAAGCCCUAGGCCAAAACGUUUUCAGUUCCCUCCAUUGGCAACUCAAAGGCUAGUGGGGAAGAAGACGAAGAUUAAAUUAAAGGUUCUUGAAACUGAUUUGUCAGAUGGGUUCACUGAAAGACAAUGAGAAGAUCCUUAACUACAAUGAUGUUAUAUUGAGGAGAUUGGAUUUAGAUAUUCUAAGGGGCCCAUAUUUCCUCAAUGACCGCAUUAUAGAGUUUUAUUUCAGCUAUCUCACUUCUUGCUAUCCCUCAAAAGACAUCCUUCUUGUUCCACCUUCAAUCUCCUUUUGGCUUACAAAUUGUCCAGACCCAGAGAGCCUUAAAGAUUUCACUGAACCUCUCAAGCUUCCUGAUAAGAAGCUCAUUAUAUUUGUUGUCAACAAUAAUGAUGAUGUGACCAUGGCUGAAGGUGGUACUCAUUGGACCCUGCUUGCAUAUGAGAGAUCUAUGAACGCUUUUGUGCACCAUGAUAGCAUGGCCGGAUCCAAUAGCUUACAUGCCAAGAGGCUACGGAAAUCUUUGCUUGGGGUUUUAGGUUCCUCUUGUUCAGAUUCUUGUCACUAUUUGGAAUACACUGAUACACCACAACAAAGGAAUGGUUAUGAUUGUGGUUUGUAUGUUUUAUCCAUUGCAAAAGUGAUAUGCCAUUGGCAUGGAAGUGUUGGGUCCAAAGAUAGGGAUGCACUGUGGUUUUCUACUUUGAAAGAGCAGGUGGUUCCAUCAGCAGUGGCCAAGAUGCGGAGUGAGAUUUUGAGCCUCAUUAGAGAUCUGAUGUUGAAGAACUGAAGAAGUCUGGUGACUUUAGGGAGUAGUGAAAAUAGUAUGCGUAGUGUGUCCAUAGCAUGGAACAUUUACUGGUUUGGAGGAGAAUUCUUUAUAGAAUACAUGUUCUACCUUGUAUGUGUAUGAUUGUAACACUUCAAAGUUCACUGGGUUUGAUUUAACUCCUAACAAUCUCUUCUUGUAUUCAAAUAUAACAAGUAUUUCUACAGCCUUUCUUUGGACGAUGUAACCCUAAACAUUUACAGAAGACUACCCAAAGCUCAUGAUGGAAGUUUCAAUUUGGAGCA